AUGCGAGUGUUUCGCUUCGCCAUAGAUCGUGGGGGGACCUUUACGGAUGUAUACGCCGAAAUGGAUGUAUUGGACACUCAAGGAAACAUCGUGGACGUUAUUCCUAAGGUCAUAAAGCUUCUAUCGGAAGAUCCAGCCAAUUAUCCAGACGCUCCUCGAGAGGGUAUUCGCCGCGUGUUAGAAUCCAUGACGGGUGUCCCGCAUCCACGCGAUCAGCCCGUGGAUACAUCGAGAAUCCAGAGUAUUCGCAUGGGUACAACAGUGGCUACUAACGCAUUGUUAGAACGCAAUGGGGAACGCACAGUUUUAGUCACCACGAGCGGCUUCCGCGAUAUGCUGUAUAUUGGCAAUCAAUCCCGUUCUAAAAUAUUUGAUCUUGAGAUUAACAUGCCCGAUACAUUGUACGACUCGGUGAUUGAGGUGGACGAGCGUCUUCAGCUAAUAAACAAUGAAAAGGAUCGACUCCCAACGGAUGAGAAAGGAGUCAGUGGCGAUUACAUUCGUGUCUUAAAAAAAUUAGACGUUGAAGAUGUAACUAGAAAGCUUCAAAAUGCACGAAAUGACGGAAUCGAAAGUGUCGCGAUUGUAUUGCUGCACUCGUACACGUUUCCGCGACAUGAGAAAACGAUCCAUGAAAUUGCAUCUCGACUAGGUUAUUCACAGAUCUCAUUGUCGUCUGAAGUGAUGCCGAUGAUUAAAGCAGUUCCACGUGGAUUCACUACUUGUGCUGAUGCGUACUUGACGCCAGUGAUCAAAAAAUAUGUAGCGUCAUUCUGUGAUGGUUUUGGUGAAGGAUUGGAAAAGGUGAACAUAAGUUUCAUGCAAAGUGAUGGAGGUCUUGCGCGUAUGAAGCACUUUUAUGGCCACCGCGCCAUUCUGUCGGGUCCAGCCGGGGGUGUCGUGGGUUAUGCUCGUACGACACGGCCACCUGAGGCGUCAAAUAAAGCUUCCGCAGUGAUUGGCUUCGAUAUGGGCGGCACUUCGACCGAUGUAUCGCGUUUUGACGGCAAGUUUGAGCAUGUUUUGGAGAGUGUGACGGCCAAUGUGACGGUACGAGCACCACAGCUUGAUAUUCAAACGGUAGCGGCUGGUGGUGGAUCGCGACUCUUUUACAAAAAUGGGCUUUUUCUUGUGGGACCUGAGUCAGUUCGUGCACAUCCUGGUCCUGUUUGUUACCGUAAAAAUGGCUAUCUUAGUGUCACGGAUGCUAAUCUUGUGACAGGACGCAUUCUGCCAGAGUUCUUCCCUAAGAUUUUCGGCCCGAAAGAGGAUGAACCACUUGAUGUGGCAGGAUCCAAAAAAGCAUUUGAAGAACUGACAAAAGAAAUAAAUGCCUCGGCUGGUGCCAAUGGUGCGCAAUACUCGAUGGAAGACGUGGCUUCGGGUUUCUUGCGUGUCGCUAAUGAAGCCAUGUGCCGGCCUAUCCGAAACCUUACGCAAAACAAGGGGUAUGAUAUCAGUACACACAUCUUAGCAUGCUUUGGAGGUGCUGGACCGCAACACGCGUGCUCGAUUGCAAAGGCUUUGGGCAUGUCAAAGGUCUACAUUCAUCGAUACAGUGGCAUUCUUUCUGCAUAUGGCUUGAGUGUGGCAGAUAGUGUUGUGGAUAAGCAAUUACCUGCUUCUGCGGUGUACAGCGCUGACACCAAGCUGGCUAUCGUAGACAAUCUUGUCAAGCUUGCCGAAGAAGCAGUGAACGAACUGAUUGCUGACGAUAUUCGUCUCACAGACGUGCAGGUGCAGUACUUUUUAAAUUUGCGCUACGAAGGCACGGAUAACGCGGUGAUGACCCGUGGACCAGUAGGUGCAAAAGGAGAAUCUCCAAUAAAAAGUGCGGCUGCUCUAUGUGAGUACGCUUUUGAUGAAAGUUUUAUUGAGAAGUAUCAGCGCGAGUUCGGAUUUGUGCUGCAAAAUCGUGCCAUUCUGAUUGAUGAUGUCCGUGUCCGUGCAACGGUGUCGCCUUAUCUAAAAGACCCAGCUUUACAUGCUGACUCGAACGCCAGCGGUGCGGUAGAGCCGUGUUCGCCUCAUUCAACUAGCCUGUUCUACUUUGAAGCCAAAAAGACAUGGGAGCCAAUUCCUGUAUAUCUUCACGAACAUCUGAUGGCGACACGGGGAGCCAAGUACAGCGGACCCGCGAUAAUCAUGCAAGGCACGGCGACGGUUGUGAUUGAGCCAGAAUGGGAAGUACAAGUCAUGCCUAGUGGCGAUCUGUACUUGGUUCUGAGUGCUAAAGGUGAAGAAGCAAGCAAAGAUGAUGCUGUUCUGCGCAGUGAAGACGUCCCGCUCGACCCAAUUCAGCUUUCCGUAUUUUCACAUCGUUUUAUGGGUAUUGCCGAACAAAUGGGUCGCACACUGGCCCGUACUUCAGUUUCUGUAAAUAUCAAGGAGCGCCUGGACUUUUCUUGUGCCCUUUUUGGUCCUGACGGUGGACUUGUUGCAAACGCGCCACAUCUUCCGGUUCACUUGGGGGCCAUGCAACAAGCUGUACGCCAUCAACUCAAGUUCUGGGGUAAUGAUCUACAUAACGGAGACGUGCUCGUUUCAAACCAUCCACAGCUCGCUGGCGGCUCGCAUCUGCCAGACAUCACUGUCAUGACACCAGUAUUCGACAACUUGAGUGGCAAAAUUGAGUUUUUCGUUGCUAGUCGUGGACAUCACGCCGACAUUGGUGGCAUCUCACCUGGUUCCAUGCCGCCGCUCUCCAAGACGUUGUCCGAAGAAGGCGCAGCAAUUGUGGCUUUUAAGCUUGUGGAUGGCAAAGUAGGCGAAUUUCGAGAGAGCGAAAUAACGGACAUUCUUUUGCAAAAGGGACGGAUGGAUGACCGAGGACAGCCGUGUAUUGGUACACGUAACCUGCGUGACAAUCUUUCGGAUCUGCGUGCACAAGUCGCAGCCAAUCAACGUGGUGUUGUACUCAUGCGUGAACUGUGUAGUGAGUACUCACUGCCCGUUGUAACGGCAUAUAUGAACUAUAUCCAACAAGCUGCCGAGAUGGCCGUACGCAACAUGUUGCAUGAAUUUUCACUGCAGCGACAAUUACCUGAAGUUGGAGUCGUGCGCGCCGAAGACUUCAUGGACGAUGGCACAAAAAUUGCAUUGCAGAUUACAAUUGACCGCUGUACAAAGUCAGCAACCUUUAAUUUUGAGGGCACGGGACCAGAAGUCUUUGGCAAUGUUAACACGCCGCCAGCUGUGACAUAUUCUGCUAUCAUUUACUGUCUACGCUGCUUAUUGCCUGGUGAAGACUUGCCGUUGAAUCAAGGAUGCUUGACUCCUAUCGACGUACGUUUUCCAAAAGAAGGCAGUAUCUUAAAUCCAAGUGACAACGCUGCCGUCGUAGGUGGAAAUGUGCUUACAAGUCAACGUAUCACUGAUGUGAUUUUAAAGGCUUUUGGGGCUUGUGCGGCGUCUCAGGGCUGCAUGAACAACCUCACGUUUGGCAGCGCGACACUAGGUGGAUACUACGAGACGAUUGCGGGUGGUGCCGGGGCUGGUCCUUCUUGGCAUGGACGUAGCGGAGUUCAUACCCACAUGACAAACACUCGUAUUACAGAUCCCGAGAUUCUCGAAAAACGGUAUCCUGUACUGUUGCGAGCCUUUCACCUUCGUGAAGGGUCUGGGGGAACUGGUAAAUAUCGUGGAGGUGACGGAGUCGUGCGUCAGAUUGAGUUCCUGGAAAGCAUGACUGUAAGUAUUUUGUCAGAACGCCGUGCGUUCCAGCCGUACGGAUUGGAAGGUGGAGGACCAGGUGCACGUGGUAUAAAUCUGUUACAGCGCUGUGGCGGUCGCAUAGUGAAUUUAGGUGGUAAGAAUACUGUGGACGUACAACCAGGCGAGAUCUUGACGCUUUACACGCCUGGAGGCGGUGGUUUUGGAGCUGUCAAUUAG